AUGAUUUCCGACCAUGAAGCUACAGAAUCCUCGCCUUUGCUACGCAACAUCGACCCAGAAGCCGCAAUUAGUUCCAAAAAGACAGGAUGGCGACAAGAACUGGCGAUAAUUUCACGAUACUCUGCUCCGCUCAUGGUAGCACUCUUGCUUCAACAUGCAUUGACCGGUUCUAGCAUCUUCAUGGUGGGCCAUCUGGGGAAAAAUGAAAUCGGAGCCGUAAGCUUGGCCAACAUGACUGCCCAAAUCACGGGAUAUUUCGUCUUCCAGGGUCUAGCGACAUGUCUAGAUACUUUAUGUCCUCAAGCACAUGGCUCAGGGAAGCUGACUCUGGUCGGGCUUCAUGUUCAGCGCCUGACGCUUUUCAUGCUCAUCCUCACAAUUCCAAUUGGCGUCAUAUGGUAUAACGCAGACCGGACUUUCUUGCUCCUUUUACCGUCUGAAUCACACGAGACUGCCCGGCUCGCAGGCUUGUAUCUGAAAAUUGCCAUUGCAGGAGCUCCCGGCUAUGCUUGCUUCGAGUCUGGAAAGCGGUUCUUCCAGGCGCAGGGAAUGUUCGGUGUUAGUUUGGUGGUUCUGUUGAUCUGCUCUACAUUGAAUAUCUUCAUGGGUUGGUUAUUUGUCUGGAAACUGCAAUGGGGUUUCAUUGGUGCGCCCAUCGCCGUCGCGAUCGCAAAUACUUUGUUACCGGUCUUGCUGGCUCUUCAUGUCAUCUUCAUCAAAGGCUCUGAAUGCUGGCACCCUAUCUCUGCUGAAAUGUGGCGUGGUUGGGGUCCGAUGUUGCGGCUUGCCAUCCCAAGCUGUCUGAUGAUCGAAGCGGAGGUCCUUGCAUGGGAGGCUAUGACGAUCAUCUCCUCGCGUCUGGGUGCAACCGAACUGGCAGCCCAAGCUGCCAUGUCGACACUUGCGGAUUUCGCAUUCCAGAUUUCGUUUUCGAUCGCUGUCGCUGGCGGUACGCACAUCGCCUAUCUGCUGGGUGCGGGCUUCCUCCAGCGUGCGGCGACGGCAACUAGGGUCAUGCUUCUUGGUGCUCUUGGUGUUGGCUUGACAAAUAUGCUUGUGAUCCUUGCUCUUCGUGGAGUGAUUCCUGGUCUAUUCACUGAUAUCGGCGAGGUCUGGCACUUGAUCUUCGUUUUGCUUCCUCUGAAUGCUAUUAUUCAGAUACCGGAUGCUCUGGCUACCUCCCUCAAUAGUCUGCUGCGAGCUGUGGGGCGACCGGAUAUCGGGAGUUAUGUUCAGCUCUCGAUCUACUACCUCGUGGGAUUGCCCUUGGGUAUUGCAUUUGCGUUUGGCUUGGACUGGAGCAUUUUCGGGUUGUGGUGUGGCAUUAUGAUUGGUCAAUCGAUUAUUGUGACCAUCGAGGGCUUUUACUUCUGGAAAAUGGUGGACUGGGCGAAGGCAUCUCGAGAAGCCGUAGAGCGGAUGUGA